AAGAGUCCCCCAAGAUCAGAACACCUCAAGAAACACCAGCGGAAACCCACAGGGAAGAAAUCUCACCACUGCUCUGACUGUGGGAAGACCUUUUCAAGAUUAUAUACAUUACAAUCACACCAGAGAAUUCACACUGGAGAGAAACCUUUCAGCUGCGAUCAAUGUGGGAAAAGUUUUGUUACAUCUGGCUGUCUGACUAUACACCAGAGAACACACACAGGAGAGAAACCUUAUAGCUGUGGUCAAUGUAAAAAGAGUUUUGUUACUUCUAGCUGUCUGACGAUACACCAGAGAACACACACAGGAGAGAAACCUUAUAGCUGUAAUCAAUGUGGGAAAAGUUUUGUUUCAUCUAGCCGUCUGACAAUACACCAGAGAACACACACAGGAGAGAAAUCUUACAGCUGUGAUCAAUGUGGGAAGCGUUUUGUUUCAUCUAGCCAUCUGACUAUACACCAGAGAAUACACACAGGAGAGAAAGCUUACCACUGCUCUGACUGUGGAAAGAGUUUUUCUAUCUCAGGAAAUUUUAAAUCACACCAGAGAACACACACAGGAGAGAAACCUUAUAGCUGUAAUCAAUGUGAGAAGAGUUUUGCUCAAUCAAGCAACCUGAUAGCACACCUGAGAAUACACACUGGAGAGAAACCUCACUGCUGCUCUGAGUGUGGGAAGACCUUCUCAAAAUUAUAUACAUUACAAUCACACCAGAGAAUUCACACUGGAGAGAAACCUUAUAGCUGCUCUGACUGUGGAAAGAUCUUUUCAAAAUUAUAUACAUUACUAUCACACCAGAGAACACACACAGGAGAGAGGCCUCAUCGCUGUAAGCAAUGUGGGAAGAGUUUUAUUCGCUCAAGCUGCCUGAUGGUACAUCUGAGAAAACACACAGGAGAAAAAUCCUUUAGCUGUGAUUAAUGUGGGAAGAGUUUUACAACAUCUAGCUAUCUAACUAUAC